AUAAUCUCUCCAAAUGGAUGAGGCCCUACUCCCACUAGACAAACUGGCCUAUCACAAGGCUAUUUAAUGUUAUUACCAAUGCUUUAAAAACUGCAUGAGGCCCUACUCCCACCAGACAAACAAACGGACAGCUUCAAGUGCACCAAAGCUGGGGUGCCUGAACAAAGAUGGGUGAAGUUUUCUACCUCUGAACACAAUCUGCAUUCAUUCACUCCCAUACAACAAUCUCAAGACUACACCGCCCAACCACAGAUUAUCAGCUCAUACAACAAUCAGAACACCACACAGCUGGGCCACCAGCCAUCUCCACCAUACAGAGAACAUAACAUACCUGAGAAGGCAAACUACAGAGAGAUGCUAGAUCGAGUUGGCGCUUCUCAACAGCAGGGAGAAGAGAAAGCUGAAGUGUAGGAAAAGGGCAGCAUCUGGUUGUGACUGAACUCACUUCAGAACAGAGGCCACAACUGCGGUGAUUGACCUAAUUCUAAUAACAAUGUAGUUUCCUAGUGAUUACAAAAGCAAAUCUGCCUGUUGUACUACAAUCUCUGGGAUGCACAACGAAAACUACAAUGCCUGUUUUUGAAACCAGAGAGGGCGAAAUUGUGGAUAUUAUAACGAGAAAAAUAUUAGAGUGCGGCAGUGUAUGCCUUUUUUAGUCUUUAUAAAAUUGAGGCAUCUUAUGCAUGCCAUUAUAUAUUUCUCCCAUUUUGAUAAGAUCUUCUCCUCUAGAUAUAAUUAUCUCAGUUCCAAGAAAUAGAAGACAACACUAAAAUCUCUUGGGAAAAAAACAAAAUGAACUUUGUUUAUUGAAGGUUAGUCAGGGUACGACUAGUUUAUUAUACCUAGUUAUUUCAUGUUAUGGAAUAUUAAUACAUGUAAUAACUAAUUCCCUAAAAUUUUAUUUUAAUGAUUUUCUGCAAUCCAGUUACCAUGUAAAGUUUGCUUUCACUGCUAAUAUCCCCACUUUGUUACUCUCCAUUGUUUUUCUCUUUGGUUUUGUAUAGCAGAUAUUUGGCAUAAAACCUUGUUGAAAAGGUUUUUAUCUCUUAACAUGCUCAUCUGCGGCCAUGGAUAGAAAACCUUUACGAAAUCCUGAAAAGCUUACUUUCUUUAGGAGAGAUUUCAAAGAAUAUAAAAUCAAGGUAUUGUGGGCUUACAAACAUAAUGAUGUUUUUCAUCUCUUGGUGAUGGGCAUCCUUGCCAUCAUAUGUAUUAAAUCUCUUGUUUUAAGUAGCUGACAGUAGCAUUAUAACUGAGGACUUUCUCAUCUUGCAGUACUAUGGACAAGGCCCGUCUAAGGCUUGCUUCAGCAAAAGAUGUCCUGUGCAGGUCAAAGUACUCAAUUGGAUAUAAAAAAGUACCUAUUGACAUCUUUUAUUUGACUUUAAGAUAUCACAUUCUAGAGCUAUUCUUUCAUGCAAAAGUUUGUUAGAAAUGUUUGUUUACUUGGCAUUUUAUUCCUGUUCUUAGUAUGAAGAUAAAAAUGUGUGUAUUGUUCCAUUGCCUUUUGUUGUAUAAAAGCAGAUAAUGUUUGCUUAUCCAGAGAUUGUUAUAUCUUUCCCACUAUUGGCAGCUGACUUUAUCUUGGCACAUAGGAUGUCAAAGUAUGCUUGUGGCUUCUUAUUCAGCAUAACUGGAUCCCAUCCACUCAAGUUUAAAGAGAUGAUUCUACUGAGGAACAAGCAUCUCCUUCGGAAGCCGCAGAGGAGGAACUGGAGGCCUCAAAACACCCAAAAGAAUCAGACAAAAGAGAAAAUGGAUUGUUCCGAUAGAGGGGCCGCAAGAGAAUCAGAUGAUGAACCCCUUAGCAUGUGGAAGCUACGAGCAAAUAUAACCUAAAGCUUGGAAAUUGUUCUUCUCUUUGAAAACUCAAAUGUUGGAUUUGGCUUUGUUUCCAUUGUCCCAACCAUGGGCCCUCGAUCUGAGAUGCUGAAGCAAGAUUAAAGUUGUGGUACCUAUGCUAAUAAACUAUAGUAACACAAAUGUGAUAUGGACCAUGUACAUGUAAUUUCCACGGUUAAUGCAUGUAGCAUGCCUAAUUAACCAUGUUUCGUGUAGAAUAGUUUAACCACCCAUCUUGGAUAGGUUGUAACUAAAAAAAUUACAUUCAUCCAACAAUUCUAACCAUAUGAUUUGUUC